GAAUCUCUUUUUAUACAAUUUUGCACAUUGAAAAAAAACUGUUUUUUAUGGUUAAGAGCUUUAGUAAAAAUGUGUUUGGCCCAACUUCUCAUUUUAAAGAGAAUAAAAAGCUAAAAAAAGUCGCUUCCAAUCCCAUUCCCAGCACGAAUCUUCUGCAGCAAGUAGCUCUGCAUGGUUAAUUAAUUAAACUUACACAAGUUUCAAACGUUGAAAGGUUGUUGAAUACUUGAAUGGUUGUUACCAAACUCAAAAACCACUAUCAAACAAUUCAACCAUUCACUUUUCCCUUUUCCUUUUUCAUUCUACAAUGCAAAACACCAACACCAUUUCUCAGCCUUCACAUUCCACAACGAGAUCUCAUCGUUCGCUUCAUUCUCAUUCCUCUUCUCACCGUCACCAUGUUCACCUCUUUCUGGCGAUCCAUCGAUCGCUUCUCCGUUCAACACUUCAGAUGUGUAAUUAGUGAAUUGCAGAAAAUCAAAGUUGUGAACGAGCAUAACAGGGAAUUUGUGGUUGAUUUAUUGCAGUGUAUUGUGGAGAUAGUAACCUAUGGUGAUAGACAAGAUCCGUUGAUUUUUGAAUGUUUCAUGGAGUACCAAGUGCUUGCGGAGUUUGUUCGCAUGCUUAAGACCAAUGAAAAUUCAAAGAUUGAGGCACCGCUGCUGCAGUAUCUGAGCAUAAUGAUUCAAAACAUGGAUAAUGAACAAGCAAUUUACUAUUGCUUCAGCAAUGGUUAUAUUAACAGCAUUAUUUCACAUCCCUACAAAUUUGACGGGGGAGACUUAGCUUCGUACUAUGUGUCUUUUCUAAGGGCAAUUAGUGGUAAAAUAAGUAAGGACACACUUUGCCUCCUUGUGAAGGUUCAUGGGGAUGCUGUAGUCUCCUUUCCCUUGUACACAGAGGCUUUAAGAUUUGCUCAUCACGAGGAAAAGAUGAUUCAAACAGCAAUACGUUCAUUGGUUCUCAAUAUAUGCAAUGUUAGUGAUGACAUGGUAUAUCAAUUUAUAUUGACUCCUCCAGUUUCCGAAUAUUUCUCUGACCUAGUUCAUAGAUUAAGAGAUCUAUGCUUCUGCUUAGACGUUAUUCUCCAUGAUAAAGGGGAGAUGGAGAAUCAAAAAAGAAGAAAUGGGCUGAUUCUUCAAUCUGAUAAAAUUGUGGACGAACUGUACUACUUCAAAGACAUUCUUAGUGUUGGCAAGCCACAUUUGACAGGACUGGUUACUGAAAAUCUGCUGAAUGGACUUGUGUUUCCUGUACUAAUCUCAUUACUAGUUUUGAAGAAUAAUGAUGAGUCAGGUUUAUCUGCUGUCACUUCACUAUAUAUUGUAUCCCGCCUUCUUCAAGUUGUUGGUGGAAGAAGCAUGAUUAAUAAUGUGGCAUGUGUCAUAUUCUUUUAUCAUUUUUUGAACUUAAAUGUGAGAAUUCGAAGUGAUGGGAAUGCUACUGAUGGCCAUGAUGACAUUAAACCUUUUGUAAAGUGCUUUAGUGAAAUUGAAAGUACUAUAUGUUAUGCUCCAGAGUUAAAUGGAGCUGAGAGCAUCACUGGGAACUAUUUAGGUGCUCAUGGGGAAGAUGUCAUGUCUGGUUUUAGUGCCGAUGAAAUUUGUUCCAAAAGGAGAGGAAUACUUGAAUUUGUUUUCUCUGAGGAUUGCAGCCUAUUGUUGCCAUCUGUAUCUCUGUUGCUCAUUUUGGCAGAAAGUAAAGAUCUUGAUUCUAGAAUAUCUCCAAUGAUAGGACUAUAUGGGACUGGGAAUGUUAUGUUGCAAGCUAAUGGUGCGUCAACUUCUAAGCCUGCGGAUGGUAGUAUCUUUAGAUUUAUGCCUAUGAUUGUAAAUGCCCUCCUGAAGGUUUUAGCUUUCCAGCAAUCCCUCUCUGCAAUGAUGCAAUGGCAUGUUGGAUGGUGCUUACGAAAGCUACUUAACUUCAACAGAGAGGGACUUAAUAGUGAUAAUCUCCUCCUUUUCACUACUUCAUAUGAUCAGUCUCGUGCACGCUUUCUGAAAGAACUUGAUGGAAUUUGGUUUGAUCAUAUUCCAGAUGCUCUCAGAAAUGAAUGGGAAAGUUGUUUAAGAGCUCUUGAACAAUCUUCCCAAUAUAAAGAUCCAUUAUUUAUGUUGGAGCUUGUUCUUCACCAACAAUCUACCAACGGAGAAACAUCUUCAUAUUUUGCUUGGCAAAGGAUGGAUAAUGCAAUCAAGGCAUUCAUUCUUCACUUCCAGCUGAACACAUUUAUUUUCAAAAGUGUAUUGGUUGAGAAGCCAUUGUUGAACACUAUUCCCAGUUCUACCAAUGAUUUUGGAGCAAACCGAACUUCAGAUGUUUCAUCUGCUAGCUUUGGGUCCAAUGUUUCUUUGGAAUGUGGAAUUCCAUGUCGGAUUGCAUUUUCAAAUUCUGAAAUUAGGGAUGUAUAUGUAAUACCAAUGGCAUAUGGAAUGAUCGGAAAGUUACUUCUUGCAGAGAAACACCCAUUCCGCAGUCGACAUGGAGUUGUGAUUGCAAUUGCUCCACUGGCAGGGUUAUGUCCUAAAAUUGAAGUAGACCAUCCCUCGUGGUUGCUUCUUCGAAUAAGAAAUUUUGACCCGCAGUUUUAUACAAUUAAAGCUAGAGAAAACAACCUGAGCAUGCCUGAUCAAUUGAAAGAUGGGAGAUGGAUUCUCGGUUUCCCGAAUGCAAAAGCAUGCGAGGAAGCUCAAUUGGCGAUUCUAAAUGAAGUUACCAAGCAGAGAUCAGCCGUGGAGUACAUUCUUGAUCCGUUACUUCAGAAAGAUCUUGGAUUAGCUGUAGACAAAGGUAGUUAAAGUUGUGGUAAUGAUUUACUGUGGCUUUACAAUUCCCCCCCUCCCUCUUAGAAUUUGUCUCUCACAUUCUUCAUAUUGUUCCCUUUCUUAAUUUUCUUAUAUUUGGGUUCUGUAAAUAAGAUAAAAUUUAUGCUGCAUGUAAUAACUGAUAUUUAAGUGUGCAAUAUUUUGUCAGAUAUGGGCCUUUAAUUAGGGUAACAAUAAUAAUGGGCCUUGUCGGUUCAUAUUAGUAGGUAGUUUUAUUAUUAGUAGGCAAUUUUUAUAGAAAAUAACUUGCAUAUGUAACUGCAGUCUGCAGUUAGAGUAAGAAUUAAUUAAUUAGGAGAAUGAGAGGUAUUGCCUAUAAAUAGAAGGGGUGUUUGAGAAAGGGGCCAUUUUGGUAUUGGGAGGCGGUGACCCUCGAAAUUCUGUGAUAUCAUUCUGUAGUUUAUUUUAAAUAAUUGUUUAUCUUAUGUCAUUUUACUAUUUUA